AUGGCAAACCUUGUGACAUCUUUGUGCUGUGUAGUUCUGGCCGCAGUGGUGGUAGCCUACGCUCAGAGACGCAGUCAGCUUGCUGGCAGAGUCCAGUACGAGCGAAUGGGCAGUGAUGUCACCAUGCAGUGCGGCUCCCUGGACAAUGAUGCAUCAGUGUCAUGGAAAGUGAAUGGGACAGAUGUGAAGGCCCAGCACCAUCUAGAGGGCCCUAGACUGAUGCUGACCCAAGUGGGCCUGGGCCACAACGGACUCUACAGCUGCUUUCAAAACCCGCACGGAGAGAGACGUGACACCAUCAUUCUUCACAUCGGCAUUCCUCCCCGAGAUCCCACAAUCACCUGUCGAUCCAACACCUAUCCCAAAGGCUUCUACUGCAGCUGGCACCAGACACACCCGACGUACAUCCCCACCACCUUUGAAGUGGACGUUCAACAUAACCAGCGCUCACUGGAGGUGCAGAAAGAUCCGGUACACAAGAAUCGCUGUCAUGUACGUUUUCCUGAGGUCUUCUCCAGUUACCCCUACACAGUGAACCUGACAGCAGUCAACGCCUUGGGGAAAGCCUCAGCAACCACCUCUUUUGAAGAAUCCAACAUAGUCAAACCAGACCCACCAGAGCGUGUGACGGCAACCCCGAUCCGUUACAACGCACGGAGGCUGGAGGUAUCCUGGCAAAGCCCCGCCACCUGGCCAGACAUCGACAACUUCCCUCUGAAAUACUUCCUUCGAUACCGGCCACUCAUCCGAGAGCAGUGGCAACAUGUGGAACUUUCUGACAGCACCUCCCACACCAUCACUGAUGCCUAUGCUGGGAAGGAAUACAUCAUCCAGGUGGCUGCCAAAGACACAGAGAUUGGAACAUGGAGUGACUGGAGUGUUGCUGUGCAUGCUACACCCUGGAUUGAAGAGCCUGUGCAGAUCACUUCCACGACUGAAGUGGACUUUACUGAGACUAAGACCUCCCCCAUCCCGUCCUCCAACGCACCACAGAAGGCUGAACAUCCAGUGGGCAGAGCUGCCAAGGUCCUCACAUUCUUCUCUCCUUUGCUGUUAGGAAUGCUGCUGCUGUUCAUGUGAUGUAAAUGUCUUAUUCCUGAAGGGAGAGGUGGAUGAGGAGGAAGAAGAGGAAGAGGAGGAGGAGGCUGGUCUUUUUUCUAUUUUGCACAUGUUUCAAGGAUACAGUGCAUUGCUCAUUUCUGUCCAUCACACAGUUACUCACCGAGAUUACUUAGAUACCAAGACGAUGAUAAUGCGAUUGAGCAUUUUUGAAUAAUGGUGACAAAGAAAUUCUUCAGAGGACCUUUUGAAAGCGUUGGCAUCAUCAUCCUCAAUGACAGCAGCAAUCAGAGCAGCAGCAACCACAACAAAGACAUAAACAGUCUUUUAAUACCCCCUGGUGGCUUUGACAGGCCACAGCAGACUGAUUUGUUUGGGAAUCUCCUCAUCAGAACAAGAAAGUCAACACCUCAGAUGACAAAAAGUCCCCUAAAUACUGUUGUGCUCUUAUCUUUUUUUAAUAAUUUCUCUUCAUUUUAAGUUUCCUUUGAAACUGUACAC